AAGCAGUACCAGCGGUAUGCAGCAGAGGAGGGCCUACUCCAGAUGGGAGGAGUGUUGUGUCCAGCCCUUGGCUGUGGAGGAGGCCUGAUACCUGAGGACGACAGAAGGAUGAUCCUGUGUCUGCUCAGCAACGGUUUGGGAUGCAUGGUGAGACACGCAUGCAUGCAUAUAUAUAUACACACACGCGUGAGCAUUUACAUGCACACACACACACACACACACACACACACACACACACACACACACACACACACACACACGCAACCACACAACACAUGAAAAGACACACACACACUCACAAUGUAUUUACAAAACAAUUUAAAUAAACAUGUAGAGCUCUCCCUCUCUGAAUGUUCUUCUACUAUUGUUCACUGCCCUUAAUUUAGAUUGGGUACCCUGACCCUUGACCCCUCCCUAUCUCUUCUCGGAUUGGUGUUUCCAUCAGCAACGCCCCUCCCUGCCCUCCAUCACGCAAAUGCAAUCAUAAUACAAUUAAGAUGUAAUUAUGACACAAUUUGCAUGAUGUUCUCUAAUUAGCCAGUCGAUUAAAGAUUAGGAUGUAGUUCACCAUUCAUUAGUGCUGACUGAUUGCAUGUUUGCAAACAUCAACACACGUCAUUACAGGGCUCUCUCUCUCUCUCUCACACACUUUUUCUUUCUCUGUCUCUCUCUCUCUGUCUCUGGCUCCACUAAUGGAAACAGCAGCCUAGCUUAGGAAACAAGAUUCAUUUAUUGGAGCCACAGGAGUCUCCUUGCCUUUAAAGAGAUAUCUGUCUCUCAAGACUGCUGUUUUUAAAAGUGAGAAAGAGAUCUAGAGAGAAAGAGUUUGUGUGUGUGCGCCUGUGUUUGUCGCUGUGUGUGUGUAUGAACGCGCGCGUGCAUUCCAGUCCAUCCAGAGGUCUGGGGGAAGCAGAUAAACCCUUUAUAGGUGUCAGGCUGCUACUAUAAGAGGGGGGUCCUAUCACUUUAACACUCUCCGAGAUGCAGUUCUCUUUCAGGGGGGUUGAUGUGCUCAAGGCCGUGGGAUAUUGGUGAGCUGGCUUCUCUUACAGACUCCACAUACAGUAUCAGUCAAAAGUUUGGACACACCGACUCAUUCCAGGGUUUUUCUUUAUUUUUUACUAUUUUCUACAUUGUAGAAUAAUAUUUACAUUUACAUUUUAGUCAUUUAGCAGACGCUCUUAUCCAGAGCGACUACAAAUUGGUGCAUUCACCCUAUAGCCAGUGGGAUAACCACUUUACAAUUAUACUUUUUUUUUUUUGGGGGGGGGGGGGGGGGGGGGGGGGGGGGGGGGGGGUAGAAGGAUUACUUUAUCCUAUCCCAGGUGUUCCUUAAAGAGGUGGGGUUUCAAAUGUCUCCGGAAGGUGGUGAGUGACUCCGCUGUCCUGGCGUCGUGAGGGAGCUUGUUCCACCAUUGGGGUGCCAGAGCAGUGAACAGCUUUGACUGGGCUGAGCGGGAACUAUGCUUCCGCAGAGGAAGGGGAGCCAGCAGGCCAGAGGUGGAUGAACGCAAUGCCCUCGCCUGGGUGUAGGGACUGAUCAGAGCCUGAAGGUACGGAGGUGCCGUUCCCCUCACUGCUCCAUAGGCAAGCACCAUGGUCUUGUAACGGAUGCGAGCUUCACCUGGAAGCCAGUGGAGUGUGCGGAGGAGGGGGGUGACGUGAGAGAACUUGGGAAGGUUGAACACCAGACGGGCUGCGGCAUUCUGGAUGAGUUGUAGGGGUUUAAUGGCACAGGCAGGGAGCCCAGCCAACAGCGAGUUGCAGUAAUCCAGACGGAAUAAUAGUGAAGACAUCCAUCCAAACUAUGAAAUAACACAUAUGGAAUCAUGUAGUAACCAAAAAAGUGUUAAACUAAUUAUAUUUUAGAUUCUUCAAAGUAGCCACCCUUUGCCUUGAUGACUGCUUUGCACACUCUUGGCCUUCUCUCAACCAGCUUCAUGAGGUAGUCACCUGGAAUACAUUUCAAUUAACAGGUGUGCCUUGUUAAAAGUUAAUUUGUGGAAUUUCUUUCCUUAAUGCGUUUGAGCCAAUCAGUUGUGUUGUGACAAGGUAGGGAUGGUACAGUGCCUUGCAAAAGUAUUCAUAAUGCUGUGUCUGUGGUUGUGUGUAUAAACUGUAUAAUGUGUACCUGCUUCUCUCUCUCUCUCUCUCUCUCUCUCUCUUCUUAUAUCUUUCUCUCAUUUAAAGACUUAAAGACAUGAAAUACUGUAUUGCCAAAGCAGAAAUUAAUAAAUAGUUGGAUAACUAAUGAAGUAACUACUGAAUCUCUCUCUGAGUGUAUCAGUAGAAGCAGUACCAGCGGUAUGCAGCAGAGGAGGGCCUACUCCAGAUGGGAGGAGUGUUGUGUCCAGCCCUUGGCUGUGGAGGAGGCCUGAUACCUGAGGACGACAGAAGGAUGAUCCUGUGUCUGCUCAGCAACGGUUUGGGAUGCAUGGUGAGACACGCAUGCAUGCACAUAUAUACACACACACACACACACAACUUCAAAGUGGUAGGCAUGUUGUGUAAAUCAAAUGAUACAAACCCCCAAAAAAAUCCAUUUUAAUUCCAGGUUGUAAGGCAACAAAAUAGGAAAAAUGCCAAGGGGGGUGAAUACUUUCGCAAGCCACUGUAUACAGAAGAUAGCCCUAUUUGGUAAAAGACCAAGUCCAUAUUAUGGCAAGAACAGCUCAAAUAAGCAAAGAGAAACAACAGUCCAUUACUUUAAGACAUGAAGGUCAGUCAAUACAGAAACUUUCAAGAACUUUGAAAGUUUCUUCAAGUGCAGUCGCAAAAACCAUCAAGCGCUAUGAUGAAACUGGCUCUCAUGAGGACCGCUACAGAAAGGAAGACCCAGAGUUACCUCUGCUGCAGAGGAUAAGUUCAUUAGAGUUACCAGCCUCAGAAUUUGCAGCCCAAAUAAAUGCUUCACAGAGUUCAAAUAACAGACACAUCUCAACAUCAACUGUUCAGAGGAGACUGCGUGAAUCAGGCCUUCAUGGUCGAAUUGCUGUAAAGAAACCACUACUAAAGGACACCAAUAAGAAGAAGAGACUUUCUUGGGCCAAGAAACACGAGCAAUGGACAUUAGACCGGUGGAAAUCUGUCCUUUGGUCUGAUGAGUCCAAAUGUGAGAUUUUUGGUUCCAACUGCCGUGUCUUUGUGAGACGCAGAGUAGGUGAAUGGAUGAUCUCCGCAUGUGUAGUUCCCACCGUGAAGCAUGGACGAGGAGGUGUGAUGGUGUGGGGGUGCUUUGCUGGUGACACUGUCUGUGAUUUAUUUAGAAUUCAAGGCACACUUAACCAGCAUGGCUACCACAGCAUUCUGUAGCGAUACACCAUCCCAUCUGGUUUGCGCUUAGUGGGACUAUCAUUUGUUUUUCAACAGGACAAUGAUCCAAAAAUACACCUCCAGGCUGUGUAAGGGCUAUUUGACCAAGGAGAGUGAUGGAGUGCUGCAUCAGAUGACCUGGCCUCCACAAUCACCCAACCUCAACCCAAUUGAGAUUGUUUGGGAUGAAUUGGACCGCAGCGUGAAGGAAAAGCAGCCAACAAGUGCUCAGCAUAUGUGGGAACUCCUUCAAGACUGUUGGAAAAACAUUCCUCAUGAAGCUGGUUGAGAGAAUGCCAAGAGUGUGCAAAGCUGUCAUCAAGACAAAGGGUGGCUACUUUGAAGAAUCUAAAAUUUGAUUUGUUAAACACUUUUUUGGUUAGUACAUGAUUCCAUAUGUGUUAUUUCAUAGUUUUGAUGUCUUCACUAUUAUUCUACAAUGUAGAAAAUAGUAAAAAUAAAGAAAACUCUUGAAUGUGUAGGUGUGUCCAAACUUUUGACUGGAACUGUACAUAAAUCAAUACUGCCCCCGUCCCUGUCUUUUUUAUGUCCUCCCUGGUAGUGUUUGUGAGCUUUAGGAGCCACCUGCUGCAGCUCUGGCAGGAUGUACAACUCAGAUAGGCCCUGGCGGACCCGGCUGCUGCCGUAGGCUCAAAUAGACUCUGUGGUCAGGAGAGGCGACCUGUAAACAUGCAAUAGGACUGGUUAUCUCUCUGGACCAUGCAGGUCCUCGACUCGUCCACCAGCCGGCUCUCGGUUGCAAUUAGAGGGGGAUGAGAUUAUACAGGCCCCAGCACAGAAUCUGAACUCAGUCAGUGGAGGGGUUUAGGGGUGGAUAGGGAGAACUGCAGGGUGUGUGUAGGUGUUCAUAUACUGUGUGUCUGUGUGUGUGUGUGUGUGUCUGUUCGUGUUAGAGAGAUAAUCAUGCAAUAUUCCCUUGAGACUUUUGUGUGUCUGUGUAAUUUUUGUUAGCCGAUGUACAGCAAGAGAGUGUUUUUAUGUCUUGUGUCUUGAGUGACGUGAUUGUGUGAGAGUCAGAGGCUUUCUUCUUAUGAGAGAGAGUGAUGAAGAGGGAGAUGGAGAGAAAGUAAUGGUGUCAGGGAUGACUUUGGCACUUCAUCAGUAAGCUGUAAACCUUCACAUGUGCCACAUGCUUCUGUACUGAGACAGACUCUGCAGUGUCCUGAACCUACACUACAAAACUAUGUCAGUCAGUCAGGUGUGUGUGUGUGUGGGUGGCUGAGUGGGUGGCUGAGUGGGUGGCUGAGUGGGUGGGUGGGUGUUCCAAUCACCAAAGGCUAAACACCCAGCUGGCCAAUGGGCUGGUGUGUGAGGGCCUGUUAGUGUGACCAUGUAUUUGUUUGUGUCAGUGUAUGUUUGUCCUCUGAGGGUGCUGUCUGGGGUACUGUGAUCCGUUGUGUUGCUCAGUGGAGGGAGGCGAGGGGAAAUGGGUUUAUCAGCCACCGGAGCCCUGCUACACCCACUCAUGUGUCUUCCACACUCCAUUGGGCAGCUCUGUCUCUGUACCAUCCAUGCAACCCACCCACUGGCCAGCCCUCAACCCCUCAACCCAACCCUCAAAUCUCACCCCCACCCCCCACCCAACCCAACUUAGCUAGACAAAAGACUUAGUCUUUUUUUGCUGACCAAGUGACCUGAUCAGGAAGAACAGAACCCUGGUCAUAGGCUUUUGUAGAUAGGCUCUAGCCGUCAAACAGUUUUCAAUUUGAGUUUGUUAUAGUGAUAUGACGCUUCUGCUGAAUUGAGACUAAAGGCAAGCUACUGUGAAUGUUGCAGUAAAGCAUUAAAAAGUCAGGUCACUGUGCUACAGUUUAGUAUAGUGUUGAGUCCUGCACAUCGCUGUGUGUCUCAGACAAGAUUUUUGCGAAGACGCCACGGGCGUUUGAUGAAGCGACUGUUCAGAAUUUUCUGCCGAAGAUGGUGAUGGAGGCUCAUUGAGGGAAGACUGGGAAAGAACGUCAGAAGCGCUCCUCUUCUCCCCUCGUCUCAUCACAGGCGGCACCAUGCAGGAGUUUGGAAACAAAGAGGUGUCUGUCACCCAGACCCUGAGAGGAGAUCUGCUAUCUGCCACACUUAAAAACAGCAGAUAAUAUAAGGAAAAAACAACAACAAGCCCCUUCGAUGAAGUGCAAAAUCACUGUUGCACUCCAAAAGAUGCAGUCUAGCUAAAAAUACAAAGCAUCUUCUAGACUUUCACAUACAGGUUGGGUUGCUGCUAGUGGGGGAGCAUAGAGAGAUAGCACCACCCAGUGUCUAGCUUAGGAACUUGUAUACAACCUGUGAGAGAAAAUGCAGCCGGUCAUUAGAUGCCUUGAAACCAGGGGUGCAUCUCAAUAGUCAAAGAUGGCUUCCUCUCCACGACUCGUUUCCCUCAUCUGCAGUGAUGUGAUGGGACUAGAACGAUGAAAGCAAAUUCAUGGCUGACAUCCAUUGGAAAGGAAAGGGAGCCACUAUAGACUAUUAAGAUGGAUCCCAGUUCAGGUUUUCAGUGUGACUAAAUGGAUAAUGUUAUUCAGGCAACGUGUUGUGUGUCUCCUUGAGUUUGUGUUCUGCUGUGACUGUAAGGAGGGGUUCCAUGAGGGGAGAUGUUGUGUGAGGUCAGCACCUGUCACAGGAGGAGCUGUGCAGGUAACUGAGCCAAUCAGCUAUGUGCUGCUCACUGAUGCAUUGUCUCUGCUGCCCCCCUACUGUCGACAUAACCAGCAUUAGUAUCUCAACACUGAAGAGGGAACGCUCUGAAACACACUUGUAAUGGCUUGUAACAGUUCAUAAUUCAGAGUUGUGAGUAAAUAUGAAUUUAGAGAUAUUUUAUGCAUUAUGUAUGACUUGAGUUUUAAAACAUGCCACAAGAUGGCAAUCCUAAAUCAAGCACCAUUUUGCACACCAUUCAUUGUAUUCACUCAAGAAAUACUCCCUGUCUCUCUCCACCCCCACCCCCGGUCUCGCCUCUCUUUAUUCUCUCCCUUGCCCCCCCUCCCAGGGUUAUGUAGUGGACGAUGAGGCAGCUCUUCAGGCUCAGUGGGAGCAUUUCCCCCUGGAGACUAUAGAUGAGACCACCCGCCCAUGUCCACAUUGCAAGGUCCCAGUGGAGAAGAGUGGUAAGGCACUCUGUUUCUCCAUCCCUCCAUCUCUCUCCAUCCAUUCUCUGAUCCUUAUUCCAAUAUAUACACAUUAUGUUCUAUAGCUACGUUUUUAUUUUGCCCUUAACACUACCCUCUGCAGUGGGAACAAAACUGUAUAAUAGAUUUCUCCUUCUUGCCUGUCUGUAAUGUUGUGUUUCUAUACUGUGUUCCCAGGGGGCUGUAUGCACAUGGUGUGCCCCCCUGCCCAGUGUAAGUUUGAGUGGUGCUGGAUCUGUCUUGUGGAGUGGAACAGGGAGUGUAUGGGCAACCACUGGUUUGGCUGA